GAGAUACGAGAGGCUGGUUUAGGAGCCUGCCGACGACCUCUUGAAUUUCUUCUAGACCUGCACGAGUGAAGCCAGUGCACAGACCUAAAUCAGCAAACCUUUUUACUUGGUCUUUCACAUAUUAAAUAUGCCAAAACGCAAGCGCAAUACCGCGAAGGCAGCUGAAGGAGAGCCUCAAGGACAGACGGUGUUACCCCAGAAAAGACAUUACAGACAGCGUGCACACGCGAAUCCAUUUUCUGACCAUGCAUUGGCGUACCCUGCAUCGCCAGAUGAAGUUGACUGGGAUUCACAUUAUCCUGCCUUUGCUGGUACGGGCAAGACUCCCGAAUUCGCGGACGUUGGAUGUGGGUUCGGUGGUUUGUUAAUAGCCCUUGCGCCUCUUUUCCCUGAUACUCUGAUGCUUGGCAUGGAAAUCCGAGUUCAAGUAUCACAAUACGUCCAGGACCGAAUUGUCGCACUCCGUGCCCUCAAUACAACUCCGGAAUCGUCCACUCCUGGACCGUAUCAAAAUAUCUCCAUUGUUCGCGCGAACAGUAUGAAAUUCACGCCGAACUACUUCAGGAAACACUCCCUCUCCGCCUUAUUCUUCCUAUUCCCCGACCCUCACUUCAAAUCGAGAAAACACAAAGCUCGCAUCAUCUCACCCACGCUCCUCGCAGAAUAUGCCUAUGUUCUCCGGCCAGGUGGUAUCGUUUAUACAAUAACAGACGUUCGGGAUCUACAUGAUUGGAUGAGGACUCAUCUAGAGGCUUUCCCACUAUUCGAGCCAGUCAGCGAGGUCGAUCUCCGUGCGGAAGGCAAGGGCCCGAUUGUUGAUGCGGUAUACACCAGUACGGAGGAAGGGAAGAAGGUCGAGAGGAACCAAGGUGAAAAAUGGCUAGCAUGUUUCAGGAGGAUCGAAGUGCAGAGGGUCUAGAUGUAUCAAUAAUAAUAAAAGGCUAGGCGGACGUUAUGUGAGUUUUUCUGGUUUGAGCUGACAGAGGCGAAUUUAUUGAUUUUUGUACCAGUGAUCUCUUUCAAAUUAGGCUUAACUAUGUACCUUCGUAAGUUUGAAAGCCUGGAGUGAGCUGGCAAUUCAAGGACAAUUGAAAAUAUCAACCUCGGAAUAGCACCCUUACGUGUCGUCUCCUAAACUCAACAGGGAUGGUAUGGAUGAAAAAAAUCGAAUUCACAUUUUUACUUC